AUGAGUCAGGGCCAACUUUCCCUGCUUCUCUUUCUUUUCCUCCUGAGCCCAGCUACAGGAGGCCUGGGGGAUUUGGGUCCCCUGAUCCCCAGCCCUACCUCCUUCCUAGGCUUAGAUUCCAGCUCCAACUUCAGCUCUGGCUCUGUGGACAGCUCUGAUGGCCACAUCUCAGCAGGUGGUGCUUCCGUGUCUCAGUCGUUUUCCAAUUUUACCGGCUCCAUGGAUGACCGAGGAACCUGCCAGUGCUCUGUUUCCCUGCCAGACACCACCUUUCCUGUGGACAGAGUGGAACACCUGGAAUUCACAGCUCAACUUCUCUCCAAGAAGUUUGAGAAAGAACUUUCUAAAGUGCAGGAAUAUGUCCAAUUAAUCAGUGUGUAUGAAAAGAAACUCUCAAACCUAACUGUCCGAGUAGAGAUCAUGGAAAAGGAUACCAUUUCUUACACCGAACUGGACUUUGAGCUGAUCAAGAUAGAAGUGAAAGAGAUGGAGAAACUGGUCAUACAGCUGAAGGAGAGUUUUGUUGGAAGCACAGAGAUUGUCGACCAACUGGAGGUGGAGAUAAGGAAUAUGACUCUCUUGGUAGAGAAGCUCGAGACACUAGACAAAAACAACGUCCUUGCCAUUCGUCGGGAAAUUGUGGCUCUGAAGAACAAGCUUAAGAAAUGUGAGGCCUCUAAAGGUGAACACGUUCCUGUCGGCCCCCCUCCUCCCUCUCCAGGGUCCUGUGGUCAUGGUGGUGUGGUGAACAUCAGCAAGCCAUCUGUGGUUCAGCUCAACUGGAGGGGAUUUUCCUAUAAAUAUGGUGCCUGGGGCCGAGAUUACUCUCCCCAGCAUCCAGAAAAUGGGCUGUAUUGGGUGGCACCAUUGAAUACAGAUGGGAGACUGUUGGAAUAUUACAGACUCUACAACACAUUGGAUGACUUGUUAUUGUACAUAAAUGCUCGAGAAUAUCGAAUUACAUAUGGCCAAGGUAGUGGUACAACAGUUUACAAAAACAAUAUGUAUGUCAACUGGUACAAUACCCGGAACAUUGCCAAAGUUGACCUGACCACCAACAAAGUUGUUGUAACUCAGACUCUCCCUAAUGCGGCCUAUAAUAACCGUUUUUCAUAUGCUAAUGUUUUUUGGCAAGAUAUUGACUUGGCUGUGGAUGAGACUGGAUUUUGGGCGGUUUAUUCCACUGAAGCUAGCACUGGUAACAUAGUGAUUAGUAAACUCAAUGAUACCACACUUCAGGUGCUGAACACUUGGUAUACCAAGCAGUAUAAACCAUCUGUUUCUAAUGCCUUCAUGGUAUGUGGAGUUCUGUAUGCUACCCGUACUCUGAACACCAGAACAGAAGAGAUAUUUUAUUACUAUGACACAAAUACAGGGAAAGAGGGAAACCUUGACAUUGUAAUGCAUAAGAUGCAGGAAAACUUGCAGAGCAUUAAUUAUCAUCCUUUUGACCAGAAACUUUAUGUCUAUAAUGAUGGUUAUCUUCUGAAUUAUGAUCUUGUCUUCCAGCAGAAAUCCCAGAAAGCUGAUUAGGUAUUAUGGUGGGAAAUAAAUAAAAGGUUAAAAAAGGAGUCUUUUCCACUCAUUUAGAAAUCUGUAGGGGAUCUAGAAAUGUGUUUAUUUAGUAGUAAUAUUUAGGUGCAUAAUUCUAUCACACUAGAGACCUAUGUUAUUUGUCCUGAUUUGUUGAGUUCUCUUGGGAGCCACUUGCCUCCUAGGAUACACUUCCCAACUGAAAUAAGGUCCUUCUGAAGUAGAAUUGUCAGAGUUCUACAGAAGCCUACAAUGAGGUAUCAUUUGGAAAUUAAGGAACUUGAAGAAAAUUUGGUAUGGCUUUUGGGGAUUCUUUGAAUGGAAGAAGUUUCUCAGUGACCAGUCCUGGUCCAUGUAGGCCUGCUAAUUCUUUCACACCUGAAAGGAACUUGGGGCUUAAUUAGGCAGAUUAAUAUCUGAAGUUCCUUGAGGGACUAAAUCUCCAACUUUGUUUUUCCUACUAGCACUUGGAAUGAUGUUUUGUAUGUCACAGAUAAGAAAAUUUGGCAUGCUUAUAUCUGUAAAGUGCUCUGAGUUUUCUAGAAAGAGGCCCUUUUAUGCAUUAAAUUAUACCCUGCAAAUAAAUCCCAAAAAGAUCUGCUGAUGAGGCACUUGAUUUUUCUUUUUUUUUUUCCCCAUUGUCCAUUUACAUAAGAGUCAAUAGAACACUCUACCUCAUAACUUCAUUCCAAAGGCAGCUCAGAAGGUCAAAACCAGACUUACCAACCAAUUCACAGCAACCCCUCUUUACUGCUGGCUUUAAAACAAUAACAAUAAACAAAUGAAUAAACAACAACAACAACAACAAACCAGUUUUCUAUGGAAUGGAUAUAAAAUAAAAGUAAUUUUCUUCUGUCUCAUCAUGAACUUUUACAAACAUGAUUCUAAAACUGUAAGAAAAUCAGAUGACAACAGUAAAAUGAACAUUUCUGGUUAUAUAAUAAAGACCUUGGCAUAGAUAGGAGAUUAGUAUUAAGUCAGAUCAAUUAUUUAAUUUAAUCGUUGUCUUUGUUUAUACCUUGGACUUGUAAGAAAAUCAAACAUUUAAUAUUUUUCUAGGAAGAAAUGUAGAAAAACCAUUGGAAGAUCUAGUAAAUCAGUAUAGUAGUUAAAAACUUUGCAGGUGUGUGUGCUUCUGUGCUUUUGGAUGGCUUUGGCAUCUCGUCUUGGUCUUUUUUCCUUUGAUGUUUAAAUCCUAGUCUAAGUAUUGUCUCCUUCAAUACUUUAC